GAGGGAAGGAUGAACAGAUAGAGGGAAGAGUCAGUGAAUCAAUGAACGGAUCCCGACCCGGGCUUUUUCCAGUGUACACAAACGGUUUUUGACAUCACCUCACACUGAGUUGACUCAGUAGAACUCAGUAGAGUCCAGUAAAGGCCCAGCUGCAUCAGCAAAAAUGGCUCUUGCAGCCAUGUCUACGCCUCCAUCAUCCCUCUCCUCUCUCCACUCAUCCCACCUCUCCUCCUCCUCGCUUCUCUUCCUCCUCGUAUCCUUCUUUUUGCUGCUGUCAUACCCUUCAUCGGUCCAUGCAGGUUCUUCAGAGAAAAAUUGUUCAGCUAGUGGAGACCCCUGUCAGGAAGGAGUUGUGCUGCCUGUGUGGAACCCUCAGAACCCUUCUGUAGGGGACAAAGUUGCACGUGCCAUUGUUUACUUUGUGGCCCUUAUAUACAUGUUCCUGGGAAUGAGCAUUAUAGCGGACAGGUUCAUGUCUUCUAUUGAGGUCAUAACAUCCCAGGAAAAGGAAAUCACCAUAAAGAAGCCAAAUGGCGAGACCAUUACGACCACAGUCAGAAUCUGGAAUGAGACUGUUUCUAAUCUCACUCUAAUGGCCUUGGGUUCCAGUGCCCCGGAGAUACUGCUGUCAGUUAUUGAGGUGUGCGGUCACGGUUUCGAGGCUGGUUCUCUGGGUCCCAGCACCAUCGUGGGCAGCGCUGCAUUCAACAUGUUUGUCAUUAUCGCCCUGUGUGUGUAUGUGGUUCCCGAUGGAGAGACGCGAAAAAUAAAACACCUUCGGGUGUUUUUUGUUACAGCAGCUUGGAGCAUCUUCGCUUACAUCUGGCUUUAUUUGAUUCUGAGUGUCUUUUCCCCUGGAGAGGUGGAGGUAUGGGAGGCGGUGCUGACCUUCCUCUGCUUCCCCCUCUGUGUGGUCCAAGCCUGGGUGGCCGACAGACGCCUUCUCAUCUACAAAUAUGUCCGCAAGCGUUACCGUGCCGACAAGAAUCGCGGUAUCAUCAUUGAGACAGAAGGAGGAAAUGAUGGAGGGAUUGGUGGCAUAGAUGGAGGAGGUGGAGCACUGGGCCCAGGUGGCUUCACCAAGAUGGACAUGCUGGAGCUGGACGGACAGUUAGCACUGAACUGCCACAGCGGGAUGGACGGAGGGUUGAUGGAGGAGGGAGGAGCAAAGGAUGAGGAAGAUGAGGCAAGGAGGGACAUGGCCAGGACUCUGAAGGAGCUGAAGCAGAGGCACCCAGAAAAAGACAUGGAGCAGCUGAUUGAGAUGGCAAAUUACCAGGUCCUGAUGCAGCAGCAAAAGAGCAGAGCAUUCUACCGUAUCCAAGCAACCAGGAUGAUGAUUGGAGCGGGCAACAUCCUCAAGAAACAUGCCGCUGACCAGGCUCGCAAGGUGGUGAGCAGCAAUGAGACUCAGGCUCAGGAGGACGAUCCUCACACCGUCAGGAUGGAGUUUGAACCCUCAUUGUACCAGUGCUUUGAAAACUGUGGCUCUCUGAAACUGACUGUUGCCAGACAUGGAGGAGACCCUGGAGUCACUGUCAAGGUGGAUUAUCGCACUGAGGAUGGCACAGCUAACGCAGGUUCCGAUUAUGAGUUUGCUGAAGGAACACUGCUGUUCAAACCUGGAGAGACCCUCAAAGAAAUCACAGUUGGUGUGAUUGAUGAUGACAUCUUUGAGGAGGAUGAGUACUUCUAUGUACACCUUAGUAACCCCCGUGUGGUUGGCUAUCCUGAGAUUGGUACUGCCCCUACGGAUGCCAGCACCACCCCGAAAGCUGUGCUUGGUGACAACCACACAGCCACGGUGACCAUUUACGAUGACGAUCAUGCAGGCAUCUUUACCUUUGAGGGUGCCAGCCAGAGGGUGAGCGAGAGUGUAGGUGUGAUGGAGGUGAAAGUUCUCAGGACAUCAGGAGCCAGGGGCCUGGUAGCCGUCCCCUAUCGAACGUUGGACGGCACCGCCAAAGGAGGGGAGGACUAUGAACUGGCUGCUGGAAAACUGGAGUUUCAGAAUGAUGAGACCAUGAAGAUCAUUGAGGUAAAAAUAAUUGAUGAUGAAGAGUAUGAGAAGAACAAGACAUUCACCAUUGAGCUUGGAGAGCCGGUUCUGUUGGAGAUUGGACAGAAACAUGGUGACUCCAAUGAGAACAAGCCGUUAGUGGGAGCAGAGGAGGAAGAGGUGGCCAAGAUGGGCUGCCCCAGUCUGGGGGAACACACACAAGUGGAAGUGAUCAUAGAGGAGUCCUACGAGUUCAAGAGAGCAGUGAAUACUCUUCUUAGACGGGCUGAAAAGAAUACUGUAGAUAAGCUGAUCAAGAAGACAAACCUGGCCUUGGUGGUGGGAAGUAGCAGCUGGAGGGAGCAGUUUGUCAGUGCUGUUACUGUUAGCGCAGGAGAUGAUGAUGAGGAGGAGAGUGGCGAGGAGCGGCUGCCUUCCUGCUUUGACUACAUUAUGCACUUCCUCACCGUCUUCUGGAAGGUUCUGUUUGCUUUUGUCCCACCAACGGAGUACUGGAAUGGUUGGGCCUGCUUCAUCGUAUCCAUAUCUUUGAUCGGCGUCCUCACUGCAGUUACUGGCGAUCUGGCAUCGCAUUUCGGUUGCACGAUAGGACUGAAGGACUCAGUGACAGCUGUGGUGUUUGUAGCACUGGGAACAUCAGUGCCAGACACAUUUGCCAGCAAAGUUGCUGCCAUCCAGGACCAGUAUGCUGAUGCGUCCAUCGGCAACGUCACCGGUUCCAAUGCUGUCAAUGUCUUCCUGGGCAUUGGAGUGGCGUGGACCAUCGCAGCUGUCGCCUGGCGCUCCAAGGGCAAGCCUUUCAAGGUGGACCCGGGAAGCCUGGCCUUCUCCGUCACUCUCUUCACCAUCCUGGCUGUGGUGUGUGUGAUCACACUGCUGUACCGGCGACGGGCAUCAGUGGCAGGUGGUGAAUUGGGUGGGCCACGGACUUGCAAGAUGGUAACGUCACUGAUGUUCGUCUCGCUGUGGCUGAUUUACAUCCUGCUGGCUUCACUGGAGGCCUACUGCCAUAUAGAGGGGUUUUAAAUGGAGAUGAGAGCAGAGGGAGAAAACCCACUGCCAACAUCAAAGGGAUGAGGGCAAGUUAAAUGGAGAGUAGAUCUGGACUGAUAUGGAUAAAUCUUUAAACUUUGUCCAAAAUUGAUUUUACGUCCUUAAUUUCUUUCCUGAAAAGAUUAGUGUAAAUCUUCAUCAGAAAAUAUAACUCCCCAACGAUGUCUCCAAUAAUUAUACUUCUGUGCAAGAGCAGCUCUUUUACUUUCAAAGACUCUGCACUCUCAUGUGAAAGGGAAACUUUUGGGAUGCAAAGAACUUUGCUGACAAAUUCCUCAGCAUAAAGUAUUAAUGUAAAAAAAAAACACAGUGAAGUCUUUUAACUGGACUUGUGUCGUCAAUAUUGGACAAAACAGUCUGAUAGUUAAUAAACGGCUGAUAUUGUUGCAGCAUACUGCCAAACCAGCAGCAGGUAAGAUAAUCAUCUGGCCUCUAUAGAGAAAAGUGAAGCUGAGGGGAAGGAUAAAGAUGAGAGAUAACCAUGGAAAUAAAAAAAAGAAAAAAAAAAAGGAAAGAAAGGCUGCCUGCAAGAAAACCAGUAGCUGUGUAAUGGACAUGCUUGCAGAGGAGGGAGAAAGUAAGAAGAGCGCUGCAAAAUCUUCUACAUCUCACACCUCCUGUCUUCAUGGUUUUCAUAGGACCAGUGGAUCCUUCUGUCAUAACCUUUGAACUUUUAUCAAAAAACUAGAACUGAUGACAUUUAACUCCCUUUUCUCUAGAUGUACACAUACAAAAACACAUUUUGGAGCCCUCAGGUGAUCCCGCAACCAACUUGCAGGCAAAUGAUUACAGGCCAUCUUUUAUGUGCUUUUUAAAAAUUUUAAUCCUGGAUACACUGUGCAAAAUAAUUCAUCUAUUCUACAUUUCUACACACACAUUGUACAUUCCUUCCCUUACAAACACUCCGCACACCAUCGAGCUCCUCUUACUGCCCCCUCUGCCCUGCCUUACUUUUAUGUGUCCUGUACAAACAGUUUGAAGUUGUGAUAAUGAACUGAUGUGGUCACCACCAACAAACCCUCUUUUUAAUUGAGCCAAUCCCAAAUCCUUCUCUGUUAAUGAUGACCCCACUUCCUCCUUAUUUUCUACACUUUUCAGUGGUGUCAUGUGUUGUUGUUGUUACCGUGCAAUUGUAAAAACACCAACAAAAGAUAUAAAAAAACAGUAAGAAAAGGAUAAAGUGGAUGUCAAGACAGGAUAUGGCUUGAAAAUCAAGAAAUCUUGUGUAAAGUCAAUGAGCAGGUAAAACAAAUGACUUUGUGCGCUACAUAUUGAACAGUGCACUGUUUACACCUUGAAAUACAAAGAACUGAAGGGGCUCACAUGAGACCAAGUGACAUUAGCAAAGACAUUUCAAGAAAGACCAAUCAGAAUAAAGGAUUGUACCGACUGUAACCAUGACGACGACUGUGAAGGCAACGGCAGUGUUGACAAAUCAAAGCUAUGACCACACCCAGUCUUUCUAAUUGUACAUGAUAUUAUAAGAAACUUUUAUUGAUGUGUGUGAGAAAUUAUUUAUCUUUCAUUUAAAUGAAGCCCUUCCCCCCCCUCCCUCUCUUUGUAAGGAAAAUGUCUGAAAAUAGGCAAGAAAGACCCAGACUCUAUUUUCAUUGAAACAAAGAGCAAAAAUGAGACGUAAAGAAAUUAACUGCAGAGACUAACUUUGAGGGAAAUGUACGGCAGCUUUUAAAUAUCAUGUGUAUGUUUUAUAUCACCAGGUGAGAAAAAAAACGUUGUUCUUCAAAGAUUUGAUAGACCAACAUCAUCACUCAUGACUAACCAUUCAUUUUGAAGUGUGAAGUUUUAUUUUCCAGGCAUAUGUCAUUUCAAAUGAGCUGGCAGCUGUUAGUAAAACUGAAAGUGUUCACGCUACCACUAAACGAUUUGAUAUAUUUAAUGGCUAAAUCUGUGCAAUUUGUUUUUGUUUUUUGUUAAAAAAAAAUGCGUUCACUCAGGCAUGGUGCUGUAUCACAGCGAACUAAGAUAUGGGAAAAGCUGAAAAAGAGAAUUGUGUGCUACCAUGUCAAAGGAGCUGCUCUGUCAUCUUUAUUUGUCUGAGAAAAUGUUGAAGCUGAGAUUUACAUGAUGCUGUGUGUUAAUACACUGGUCUUGCCUUGAGGCUGAACUCAAGCUGGACAGAAGGGAUGGCAUAUUGCUUGUCAGUGUACAUUAUUAUUAAAUGCAUUUCUCUUGUUAACAGCCCAAUAGAAAGAGCAGCUAAACCCCACACCAUGCUAAAUGCAAACUUCAAGGAAAACCCUUCUGAGAGAAAACAAAACAAUUUACCCGCCCAUCGUCUACGUUGUUAGUUGUGGACUAAUUAGUCCCAUGCAAAUAAAAGCUUAAUAAAACCUGCAAAACGUCUGAUGUAGUUGCAGUUAUAAAAAUGGAAAAUUAAAAUAGGGGGGCUCUGCUCUGGUGGGCUAAAAAUGCCCAGAUGUGUGAGCCUUUCCCUCUUAUUUGACAUUUCAGUACACCACUUCCCUUUACGUUCUGUCAAAAGCUGUAGUGAUCUCUUAAUGUGUUGUUCACCAGCCAGGCACAGUCAUUGAUCAAGAGUUUGGUCAUCUGCCAUGUUGCAAAUAAUCCCUUUUUUUUAAAAAAAAAAGAAUUAUCUCACUCAUGAAAAUGUUAUGUGUUUAGAUAUUACACAAAAUGGCAUGCCUCAUCAAAGCUGCCCUGGAGCUUGUGGGCUUUAAUAUGUUAGGCAUGUGCAGGCUUUAAAACAAAACAAAGAAAAAACACAAUUAUGUAAAGGCAGCUCUACCAUCCCAUAAAGCAUUUAGCCCAAACUCAUGCUACAUUCAUAAAUCCUAUAUUUAUGUCCAUAUUUGACUAAAUUUUUUAUAAACUGCAACAGUCAGACAGAUUAAAAGGCUCCAGUCUUCAGAUUCAACUGUUGAUGAUGUUAAGAAGUGGACCAAAUUGUUAGCAUGAACUAACAAACUAAUAAUCCAUUCUUGGCAGAGAAAAAAAAAUCAAAUGAAGAUCAUCUUUGCUGCGUGAAACCUUCAUGACAAUUUGUCCAGUAUUUACAUCUUUAGUUGGGUCAAACUUAUAACCACUCUGAGCCAUACUGCCAGCAUGACUAAAAUACAGCAAACUGAGCAAUGUGUCUAAGUUGCAGUGGUAGAAUGAUGUUGCCCCCAGUUACAGAAGCCGUAGCAACAAGCCUGGAUGCUUACAGAUAUGUUUUUGAAUUAGCAUCACAUAGUUAAAACUAUCCCCACUGAUCAUUUUCAUUAUCUCUGUGUCUUCAGUCUUUUCUGUUGCUUUAAACGUCACCAGUUUUGACAUGACUUGCUGGUUGGCAUGGUUUCUGGCCCGCUGAGAUGCCGGGACAUCUGUCGGGCCAAACUCUUUUUCUCAAUGACUUAAGCUUCUGUAACCAGUUGCAGAAUGAGGGUGUGGGAUAAUAGUGCUGCCACAUGAACAGACAAAUACUGGGACUGAUUUAGAAAUGUAGGCUUUUUAAAGGUUGAUAAGCUUUGCUGGAGGACAGCUCAGUGUGUGUGUGUACGCGUGUGCAUGCUUUGGAAGUGUGUGAAGAAAUGCAACCAUAUUUUUAGUCUUUUGGCUGUUGCUUAGCGACCAUCUAUCUGCUCACCGUUGUCUUCCUGACUCUGGUGAAUGUGAGACAUUGUGCUUGUGUGUCAUUCUCUUUUCAUGUGUCUCACUUUGUGUGUUUGCUGCUCCUCUAGCGAACAUAACUGCCUAGUUCCUCUGCAUAUGCUCAACAUGCUACUCGUCAUAUGUUCAACUUUUGUACAUGUGUGUUUCUUUUCCUUGUGUCUCUCUUUGUUUGCAUGUUUUUUUGUGUGUUUGUCUCCAUGUGUGUUUGUGCCUUUGUAUGUGAGUGUGUGUGAGUUGGUGUUGUAAUCUCCUUACAAGGGCUUGCCCUGUGUGUCCCUGGUGGAGUCCCAUAUGCUAGAUUAAUGAAUUUAAAUGCCAACCUGGCCCACGGUAAAAAUGCAUGAAAAUUGGAUUACCUGUGUGAGUGUUUGUGCACACAUGUGUGUAUCUAUCAAAUAAUAUUUGAUAUAUAAUAGAUUUUGGCUGUCAAUCAAGACAGAGAAUUGAUGCUGGCAUUUGGCUUGAGUCUGUGUGGGUGUGUGUAACUAUUUGUUAGUAGCUGUCUUACACUGAGGUUGCUGACUCUUCAUUGGAUGUCUUGAUGGCUGGAUGCAGACAUGCUUCCUAGGCUACAUACACAUGUAGUCCACAUGCAAUCUGGCAAUUAAAACACACACACAUCUUAGACUUGUUGGUUAAAGGAAAUGGACCUGUCCUACCAGAAAACAUUUAAAAGAUAUGUUUGUUCAAAUCACCAAAACACAAUGGUGUCAAAGUCAAUGCUUAUAAAGCAUGAGAUGGCAGCGUAUCUCUAAACUGUUGUGACGGGAUGGGAAAAGUGGGUUGUUUAAGCCUAAACCGUUAACUAUUUGCAAGUGAAAGUAAAAUAGAAAAGUGAAAAUAUUGUGUGAGAUGGGUCUUUAACAGGGGUCUGUGUAACGGAAGAUGGCAUACUACAAGCAUUUUAGAUCAAAUGAACAGUGUUAAAAGUCCAUAAAACCAUGUAGCAAAGAAAGAUGCCAAACCUCUACACUCUUAGGGAUCUGGGACUGUUAUUAGAGUACAACAUUUUGUUUUGUGGAUCAAUCUUAGUGAUAAUGGGCUGUCUUAACAUCAGUUGAAAACAAAAGCUGAUGAAAUUGAUGCAUCAUACUCGUAGUUAUUUUGCUUUAAGAUCCAGCUAAGGGCACUUCAGUAUCAGCUCAACCUAAAACAUGUAACCAAAAAAGAAAUUGCUACAUUACAAUAUACUACACUGCUACAAAAAAGGAAGAGACUAGCAAAGACAUUAUACGAUAGUAAUCAUGAUGCCAAAUGCGAUAUUUGGAAGGUUUUUUUAAUUCUGUAUAAGAACUAGCAAAAAUGUAUUUACAACAGCAACAACUCGGUGCACUGCUAACGUUCCACUAAGUGAAAAAAUGGAUCCUAUUUUCAAGGGUUCGUGGUGUGGUUAAGGAACUUAUUAUGGAACUGGGCAAUAAUAUAAAUAUCCAAGUCACACUACAAGGCAAUCGCGUAAAGUACAGUUACACAUCACUGGGGACAUGAUAAAUUAUAAAGCACUCUAUUCAAGGUUGGACAUCAGUGGCCAGACAUGUUAACAUGACAACCCUCCACAUUUCAGAUGCACUUACAGUGAUGACAUAAUACUUAUAAUUAUUUUGUGCUUUCCUGAUGGAAAAGGUGACAGCCUGAAAAUGUGUGCGGCAAAUGUAACACUUUAACUGGUACUGAAUAUUAGUCUGAUAGAACUACAUGAUUUGCUGUGUGUGUGUGUGUGUGUGUGUGUGUGUGUGUGUGUGUGUGUGUGUUCAGGGAUUUAACAGGAGAGGAAUAUAAUCUGGGUUUGAAAUGGAAGAUUUAUAUUACAGUAUUUGUAUUUGGGUAAACCUGGAUGUGGCAUUGUUCCUGCAAGUAGCUGCUGUUACUGUAUAUUUACAUGAGCGUUUUCCAUUUUCCAUGUUUCUUUAACACCUCUCUAAUAGUUUUGCUCAACGGCUGAUUAGAGUGAAGGCAUUAAUAAAUAGAUAAUUACAGAUAGGACAUUUUUAAAUUAUAAAAUAAUUUAAGAACAAGACAAUCACGCUAUACAGCUGUAACAAGUCGAAUAUUAAGCUAGUGAUUGAGAGAAUAAAAGCUCCUCCCACUUCACGACUAUUCACUGAUUGGCUGUUAUGUUCACCUGCAGCAGUGAGAAGCCAACCUGUCUCUCUUUUGCUGAACUUCAUUGUUUGUGGUACAACAG